GUUUUCCAUUACCGCCGUUUCUCCACUAAGAAGACGAAGCUAUGGUUCACGUUUGCUACUACCGCAACUAUGGAAAGACCUUCAAGGGCCCACGUCGUCCUUUCGAGAAGGAGCGUCUCGACUCCGAGCUGAAGCUAGUCGGUGAGUACGGUCUCCGCAACAAGCGUGAGCUCUGGAGAGUUCAGUACUCUCUUAGCCGUAUCCGUAACGCUGCUAGGGAUCUUCUUACACUUGACGAGAAGAACCCCAAGAGGAUCUUUGAAGGUGAGGCGCUUCUCCGUAAGAUGAACCGUUAUGGUCUUCUUGAUGAGAGUCAGAACAAGCUCGAUUAUGUCUUGGCGUUGACUGUGGAGAAUUUUCUUGAGCGUCGUCUUCAGACUAUUGUGUUUAAGUCUGGUAUGGCUAAGUCUAUUCAUCACUCCCGUGUCCUCAUCAGGCAGAGGCAUAUCAGGGUUGGAAAGCAAUUGGUGAACAUUCCAUCGUUCAUGGUGAGACUUGACUCACAGAAACACAUCGACUUUGCUUUGACCAGUCCCUUCGGUGGUGGCCGUCCAGGAAGAGUGAAGAGAAGGAACGAGAAGUCUGCCUCCAAGAAAGCCUCAGGUGGUGACGCUGACGGUGAUGAUGAAGAGUAAAUCUAACUCACCGGUUUUUAGCUAUGAAACAAUCUGCGUUUUGAUCAUUUUGUAGUCUGGAACUUCGUUUUUGAAGGAUUGUUUUAUGCUUUUUAUUUCUCCUAAAAGAGUUUGUUGAACGUUUUACCUCAUCUACUACAUUUACUCACUUUGUUUUCUUUUUUACUCUGAAAUUACUUUCAUUCAAUGAUGUUAACCAAGCAUCUACCUAAAAGGGUACGGUUAAUAAAAAACACCGGAAGGAUGGCCAAGCAUGAUGAUUCAACAGAGAAUAUGAUGUUACUUUGUCUAUAUUUUUUUUAUGUGUCCUAUUUCUUUAGUUUAAGGCCUAAAAAUGUUAUUUUAUACAAAGCUCAUGAUACCAAUACUACUUCCACGACUUUGGCCCAUAAGU